AGAAAAACGCGAGAGAUGAGAUCAUCUCCUCUCCGGCCGUGCGUUCCGCUCAGCGCAGCGCGGCUCCGCGUACGCAGUCAGUGCCGGUCCAGCGACCGAUUUGGAAAGGGCUAUUCUUUUCUCGAUCUUUCUUGCCGAGGAAGAGAACCGAGUGAACGAGACAAGCGAAGGAAGUCAACGCGAGAGAUCGCAAUGUCGACGAAGCUGCAGCUGCUGUUGGUCGCGUUGCUUCUGGCGGUUCUGAUAGUGGACGUGUCCGCCCAGCGCAAACGGAAAUAUCGACGUCGUACGACCACGACGGAGGCACCCGUGCAAGAUGAGAUCAUGAACAUGCUGGAGGCUGACGAAAUAGCCGAGGAGGCGGCGACGGCGGAGGAGGCUGAGGUCACUCUUGAAAAUGGCAGAAAUGAGGCUGGAUCGAAGCAGCGCUUGCUCCAGGACCCGUGCGUGGACAAACAUUGCGGCGCUGGUCGUGUUUGCAAGACGACGGACGAAGGCACGGCCGAGUGCGUUUGCGUGGAGCUCUGCAACCAGGAGGUUGAUCCGCGUCGCAAGGUCUGUACCAAUUACAACGAGACGUUUGGCAGCGACUGCGAGGUCUACCAGUCACGUUGCUUCUGCGACACUGGUGACGCCAGGUGCAGAGGCCCCGACUAUCAACAUGUCCAUAUCGAGUACUACGGCGAGUGCCGACAGAUGCCUAUGUGUAAGGAGGAGGAUAUGUCCGAUUUUCCCAGGCGAAUGCGCGACUGGCUCUUUAACAUCAUGCGCGAUUUGGCAGAUCGUCAGGAACUGCCGUCACAUUAUCUGAAGAUGCAACGCGAAGCUGAGACCAAUCACACUUUGCGCUGGGCGAACGCAGCCAUCUGGAAGUGGUGCGACCUGGACGGCCACCCACACGAUCGAACGGUGUCCAGGCACGAGCUGUUCCCGAUCAGGGCGCCUUUGAUGGCUCUCGAACAUUGCAUCGCACCCUUCCUUGACUCCUGCGACACCAACAACGAUCACAAGAUCACGUUGCUCGAGUGGGGCAAGUGUUUGCAGCUCGAUGAGGACGACAUAGAGGAUAAAUGUGACGAGCUGGCGGAGGCGAACUUGGAGCAAUAGUAGAUGAUCCGCGCCGGAUCUUCCUCCUCGGAGAAGGACGAACAGCGCGAGCGACGCGGCGUGUGCGAGAGCGAGACGGAACGCGAGGCAUGCACAAUAGCGGGACAGCGCGGUGGUGCGCGGAAACGGUCGAGGAGGGCGUGAAGGGCGCGCAGAUGACGCGCAGGGCAGAGGGUAGGGCAGCGGCAGCGGCGAGACGGCUGGGUAAAAAUGGCGGGAAAAAUCCUUGUUGACGCGCGCGCGCGGACACGCCAGCGCGCAGGCCCCGCGCGCAUCGACGAGUCGAUACGGCAACGCACGGACGAGAGAAGCAUCAUCGUUGAUGCCGAUAUACGCACCGGCCUCGUGCCAACCGACAUCGGGCUCGACGCCUCAAUAAUAGAAGGCGCCGGCCGUCGUCAUUGUCGUCCGAUGAUGCGAUUCGCGACCGCGGCCUGGCAAAAGAAAAUUUUUGAAUUUCCGCGUAAUCGAACGCCCUCGAUGCGCCGCCUUAAUAUCGAUGCGCCUCGAUACUUGGAAUCGCAUAAUGCAAUUAAUUCGAAUUUAAGCAUCGGACAAAUGCGAUACGUGAUUCACGAAAAUAAUUUCGAAAAAAUCGCCUGCUCGAGG